AUGUUUAGUGACCUGAUAUUGGGCAUUCUCUUCCUUAUUCAAAUGGGAGUUGGGAUCCUUGGAAAUUUCUUCCUCCUGGGCCUACAUAGUUACACUUUACUCAUUGGUCACAGUCUGAGGCCCAUAGAGUGCAUUUUUGCCCACUUAGCCUUGGCCAACUCAAAAGUGCUUCUCUCCAAGGGAAUCCCUCAGAUGAUUGUCUGUUUAGGCAUCAAAAAUUUCUUGAAUCAUGUUGGGUGUAAACUUAUCCUUUAUCUUCAUAGUGUGGCCCGGAGUGUUUCCCUCAGCAUCACCUGCCUCUUGAGUGGUUUUCAGGUCAUCAUCAUCAGUCCCAGUAAUUCCAAAUGGACAGAUCUCAAAAUCCAAAUCCCAAAGUGCAUUGUCCCUUCCUGCUUCUUCUGUUGGUGCUUCUACCUGCUGAUAAAUUUCACUUUGCUUGGCACUAUGCAUAACUCAAGGUAUCUGACUAAUAAUAUAAAGAUGUGGCAUCUGGGAUAUUGUUCAGUUUCAGCUCCUGCCUCUUUUAAUGCCAAACUUUUUGCAAUUAUCUAUUCUAUUCCUGAUGUUAUGUGUGUGGUUUUCAUGAUAUGGUCCAGUGCCUAUUUAGUGCUUCUCCUGCACAGACAUCAUCAGCAAGUCAAACAUAUUCACAGUUGUCAUCUCUCUCUCAGAACUUUCCCUGAGAUAAGAGCCACCUAUGCUAUCCUCUUACUAGUGAGCACAUAUGUCUGCUUUUAUUCCAUUAAUUCUGGCUUGUCAUUUUACCUCUUUAAAAUUGACAAGUAUCAGUCUUGGCUCGUGGCUGCCUCUGACCUCCUAGCAGCAUGGUUCCCAGCCAUCAGUCCUUUUGUGCUGAUCUUCUGUGACUCCCAAGUCUUCAAAGGUUGGUAUACUCUGUGGCAUAGAUGA